UGUCAGAAAAGAAAAUAAUAAAAAACCUUGGCUGAUCCGAAACAACAAAGAACUUUUCCUCCUCCUACGGAUAAUGUAAAUAAAUUACAAUGAAUUUUGAAGCAAUCCCACCAAUGAGCAAUCCAUGAAUCCCACAUGACCUCUCUACCCCUCAAAACCUCUAUAAAUUCCACUCAUUCCCUUCUCAUUUCUCGAGCGGAGAACCAACCCAACAAGAAUCACAUUCAUGCACAAUUAGCAGUUAAUUCAGCAAGAAAAUUUGGUGGGCUUGAUCGGAGAACAGUGAUGGGGGAUGUGUACUGCGCCGACUGCAAGCGGAUGACGGAGGUGGUUUUCGAUCACGCCGCGGGGGACACCGUGUGCUCCGAGUGCGGCCUCGUGCUGGAAUCUCACUCCAUUGAUGAGACCUCCGAGUGGCGGACCUUCGCCAAUGAGUCUGGCGACAACGAUCCGGUUCGGGUCGGAGGACCGACGAACCCGCUUCUGACUGACGGUGGUCUGUCCACCGUUAUCUCCAAGCCAAACGGAACCACCAGCGAUUUCCUGACGUCCUCGCUGGGACGUUGGCAGAAUCGCGGCUCGAACCCUGAUCGAUCGCUCAUUUUGGCUUUCAAGAGUAUUGCUACAAUGUCGGAUAGGUUGGGCCUUGUUGCAACUAUAAAGGAUCGGGCUAAUGAGAUUUACAAGAAGGUAGAAGAUCAGAAAUCGAGUAGAGGAAGAAAUCAGGACGCCAUAUUGGCUGCUUGCUUGUACAUAGCUUGCCGGCAAGAAGACAAGCCCCGCACCGUAAAGGAAAUAUGCUCUGUUGCCAAUGGGGCAACAAAGAAGGAAAUUGGACGAGCAAAAGAAUACAUCAUGAAACAACUAGAGCUUGAGAAUGGUCAGUCGGUGGAGAUAGGGACUAUACAUGCUGGGGAUUUCAUGAGACGCUUUUGUUCUAAUCUUGGAAUGGGAAAUCAAACUGUUAAAGCUGCCCAAGAAGCUGUCCGGAAGGCAGAAGAAUUUGACAUUAGGAGGAGCCCCAUUUCCAUUGCGGCUGCAGUUAUAUACAUAGUCACUCAGCUUUCAGACGACAAAAAGCCCCUCAAAGAUGUAUCGCUUGCAACUGGAGUUGCAGAGGGGACAAUAAGAAAUUCAUACAAGGAUCUGUAUCCCCACCUUUCAAAGAUCAUACCAAACUGGUACGCGCAGGAGGAUGACCUCAAGAAUCUUUGCAGCCCUUGAUAUAUUUUCAGCAACGUAUGCUCGAAAAAGGCAUUUAUGCUAUAUACAUGAUACUAAUAUCUUUUUCUAAUGAACGACGGGUACGACGAAGAUUUACUUAAGUUAAUUCUUUUUAUCCCGAUAUAGUUACAUACAUCUAUAUAUAUACAAAGGUUCAUGUAAUUUUCUCAUAUGCUGAAAGCAAUAAUUUAUGACAAAGGUAAAACAUUUCCUCCAUAUGGAUAAAUCAACAUAUAUGGAUGCAUUUUCGCUAUUCUUCAGCUGUUCUCGUCUGUAUGACUGAACUCUACUAGAAAGCUACUCAAACAAACUGGAAAUCAUUACUACGGAGGAGGAAGAGCCGGACGCAAAACACCAGAGCAAUUAGAAAGAAAAUACUUGCUAAAAUCUCUCUCAAUCUUGAAGAAGUCUUACUUCCGCCUAUAGAUUUCUUCGCCAUAUCAUCAGCUUUAAUCUCUUCUACUUUAUUCAGGUUUUUAUUUGUCUUGUGCUUUUGAAUCCUUCGACUUUUGGUUGUUGCAUUGUUAUGUUCCAAGGGUCGAUGCAGCGGUGGUUUCUUAGCCUUGGAGCUCAGCCGCUCCUCCACUGCUGGUGACGGCAGCUUCUUGGAGGCCGGUGGUGGGUGGUGCUCACCCUCCAAGUCGGAUAACAAAGCAAAAGAGUUAUCCAACUUCAUUGCCAUUGCUCCUC